CUCUCUCUCUCCGUUACACGCACAUUGCCCCCAUCUCUGUGUUGGCGGUCAGAUCGAUUUCUCCGGCAAAAAACCCACGAAAAUGCAGGAGAAGAAGGCAGAUUCAUCAUCUUCCAGCAAGAAGAGUGCUAAAAAAGCGAACCUCUUAGAUCACGGAUCCAUCAAGCACAUCCUCGACGAGACCGUUUCCGAGAUCGUGACGAGCAAGGGCUACACUGAAGAUGUGAGGCUGAGCAACGUUAGAUUGUUGCUAGGGGUCGUUAUCAUCACAAUCGCCCUCUUCGCUCAGUUCUACAACAAGAAAUUUCCAGAAAAUCGGAAUUUUCUCAUUGGCUGCAUAAUAUUAUAUCCUUUUUCUGAUCAUUUUUUUUUUCUGAACUGACUUCCAUUUCUGUCUUUCUGUGUUUUUGCUUGGUCUUUUUUAUCAGUGAGAAAAUUGUUUACCAAAUUUUACUUGUAAUCUGUGUGGUAUAGGAUAGGAAAUGGGUUACCCUUUUGAGGAUCAUUCAUCUGAAUCAUGAUACAAGUAGUUUUGACUGAAAAUUUAACUACUUCUGUGGUUGGGCUUUCUAUAUGUUUAAUCUUGACUAUGGCAAGUAUGUUAUAGCCAAUGCGGUUCUGCAGCUGAUAGUUUACACCAAGGAAAAGAAUGCCAUUCUGUUCACUUAUCCUCCAGUUGGAUCUUUCAACAGUACUGGCUUAGUGGUGUCCUCAAAGCUGCCUAGAUUCUCAGAUAUGUACACACUGACAAUAGCAAGUGCAGAUCCCCAGUCAAUCUCCGCAAAAUCUCCUGUGGAGAUCACAAAGAGCGUUACUCAAUGGUUUACAAAGGAUGGAGUUCUUGUGGAGGGGAUCUUUUGGAAAGACGUUGAAGCACUAAUCAAUGAUUAUGCCCAAGAAAGCAAAAAGAGCAAGUGAUAGAGUCUCGUAGCCAGCGCGGAGAUAGAAAGCAUCUUGUUGGUAGCACAAUGAUGUACGUUCGAAUAUUAUUUCUUUUGCUUUGAUGCAAUCUUAUAGUUGCGGUAAAAACUCGAGACCCACUUUUUUCAGACUGUCACCGUGGGGUGAGACUUGAGAGUUGGAGUUACACUUGGGGCAACUCAAGCUCCCUUAAUCCAUAGCACUUUAUUAUCAUGGAUACAUCUAGUUAUAAGAAAAAUGCUAAGUUCACCCCAAAUCUUAUCCCACUUUUCAUACUAACAUUUUCACAAACAUUGGAUAGUAAUGGUGUCCAUGGAUAUUUGGAACUAACUUAUCAAUGUGACACUGUGACAUGCAAGCUCAACGGGACCCAUAACGAUGUCCAUGGAUGCCAUUGGGCUUGCGUGUUUCAUUGAUUUGCGUCCUAUUGGGCUUGCUUUACAUCUGGGCUGUCGUGGUCGUCAUCUUUUUACAUGUGAGUUGAUCCUCAUUUACGGGCUGGGUGGUCCGACUCUUUUUAUGCAGGCCUGCCACAAGAUGUUUGGGCUAUAGCAUCUUGGAUCUUAUUAUGAUUUAUAUAGAUGAAUUUGAUCGGGUAUAUUAGGCAUAUUUCUAAUAUACUCCAUCAAUAUGCAUUGUAAUUCUUAUUUAAUUUAUCAAAAUUUGUCUAUUUUGGGCCUUUGCAUAAAAAUAUUUUGUAAUAAUAUUUUCUUUACCCU